AUGUCUGCAGAAAAUGUUGACAUCGAAGAAAAAAUUGAUAGUAAUAGACCAGUUGGUUGUCGUUCUACUAACAUACGAAAAUUAACCGAUGAAGAAUAUAAUUGUUUAUACUCAGAAGAUGAGCAAAAAAAACAGAUUGUUAGCACUUUUAAACAAAAUCAAUAUGAAAUUAAUGCUCGAAAACAUUGGGAUCAAUUUUAUAAACGUAAUACAACAAAAUUUUUUAAAGAUCGACAUUGGACACUACAGGAAUUUGAACAAGAAUUUAAUCCUAAAAAUGAAGAAGAACGUCUCAUCUUAUUUGAAAUUGGUUGUGGAACUGGCAAUUUUAUAUUUCCAUUAGUUGAACAGUUACCAAAACUUUAUGUUUAUGCAUGUGAUUUUUCAUCACGCGCAAUUCAAUUAGUAAAAUCAAAUGAAUAUUAUGAUACAAAACGGAUUUGUGCAUUUGUAUGUGAUUUAACUGCCGAUAACUGUUGUGAUAUAUUUCAUGAAAAUAUUCGUGAACAAGUAGAUAUUGUCUCGAUGGUAUUUGUUUUAUCCGCAAUUCAUCCAGAUAAAAUGAAACAAGUAUUAAAUAAUGUUUAUAAUGUAUUAAAACCGAAUGGUUGUAUUUUAUUUCGUGAUUAUGGUUUACAUGAUUAUGCUAUGUUAAGAUUUUCGAAACAACGUCAACAUAAAUUAGAGAAUAAUUUUUAUGUAAGACAAGACGGUACAAGAGCUUAUUUUUUUUCAUUAAAUUAUAUUGAAGAAUUAUUUCAAUCAUCUAAUUUUGAUAUUUUGGAAAAUUGUUAUAUUUUCAAAGAUACAAUAAAUAUCAAAGAAAAUGUCUGUGUACCACGUGUGUUUGUACAAGGAAAAUUUAGAAAAAAAACAAUAAAUUCACAGUUACCUUAA